AGCGAGGCGGCAGGUGAGCCGGACACCGGCGAUCACCUGAGCGUGUCGCCGAGCUGCCAGAGAGAGCGGGACAGGAAGUACAGAUGCAAAUUUGAUAGAGGUGGUCGAUCUGUUGGACGAGACGGACUGACGGACAACUCGUCUGACGAGGAGCGAGUCGUCACCAAGACAACCGGCGUCCUCCCCGUCACUGACGCGGCUCUUGACGAGGUUCUGAGCGUUGACGUGGAGACGGUGGAGGAGGAGAGCGGUCAGCUGAAGGCGGCUCAGAGGACGCAGCCAAGCAUCCCAGAAAGCAGUCCAGGUGUGAAGAAGGUGGUCGUUCCUCGGAGCGUCACAGCCGCCUUCAAACUUCUCAGUUCAGUCAUGAACACCAAAAAGUAUCCAAAGACAGUUCUGCUGAAGCAGGCUCACAAGGAGAUCCAGACUCUGCAGAACGAGGCGGCGAGACUGAAGAGUCUGAAGAUCUGUCUGAACCAGCAGAGGAACGCCUACAUCAGAGAGAUCGCCCGAAGAUCAGGUAAAAGUGAGCGGAGGAUCAUGAGGACGCUGCAGCACCCGGCAUCCAAACAGAAGAAGGUGGGGAAGCGGGAGAGACACCGUGCAGCCAAUCACGUGCCGGCAGGAGACACGAUCGAUGAUGACAUUGUAAUCAUAUCCUCCGACCUGCCGCAGCAAACUCCACAAGCUCCUCCCACUCUUGUUUCUGCCCCGCCCACCACCACACCUUCAGCCACACCUGUCCAAACACCGGUCCAGCAGCCUCAGAACAACAGUCAGAAGGUCUUGCAGGUGACUCCUCCCGGUGCAUCCCCCAAUGCAUUAGCGGGGAGGGACAGGCCGAGGACUAUCCCCAACAUCCUGUCCCGCAGUAAGAAUCCAGCUCCGCUGUCGCCCCUGCUCACAAAGACUCACAGCGAGGAGUUGCCUUCUUUUCAGGCUUUGGUUCCGGCUGAUGUUCUAUCCCUUGUCAGCGCCACAUUGCCAGGGCAGCCGGUCCUGACCCUGAGCCCGAUAAUGACUGGGCCGACGGUUCUACAGACGUCUCCUACACCAGGCUUGGCCUCAGUCACCCUCAACUUCCCCAGUCUGACCAAUCAGCAGAUCCAUCUCACCUCACUGCCCCACCCCCCAACCGCCUCAAACCUCAACAGUCUGCUGCCGGUUCAACCAUCGACUCCACAACAACAAACACAACCAAAACAACAACAGCAACCACAACAACAACUACAACAACCACCCCCUCCUCCCCAGCUGCAGCAGCAGCAGGAGGUCCUAGCAGGUCAGACUCCUGCUCCGGUGGUCUCUGGAUCUGAUCUUGUCUCAGACCAGAUCAAAGACCAGCACCAGCCUCCGUCCCAGGCUGGCACCAAGCUGGAGUCCCCCCCCUCCUCCUCGUCUCCACCCUCUACUCACGGCUCGUCGUCCUCGCCGUGCCCAGAUCCGAGCAUUGGUCGUCGGGUCACAGCGGCGGGGCCUCUGAGGGCGGAGACCAGACAGGACGCUGACCACGAGAGUCUGACCUCCCUCCUCAACGAGAUCGUCUUCCUUAACCAGCAGACUGUCGCCACGCUGAAACCAUCCUCUGAGGCGGGGCAAUUGGAGGAAGCUGCCGCGGUGAGCGGAGCGGAGGAGCAGGGACACGCCCCCCACAGCCCCUGGCUCCUGCAACUGGACUCGGACUCUGAUGACGCUCUUUCCACGGAGAUGACACAGAGCGAACCCCAGCCUGGACCUGCCAAUGGUAAAGGUGGCGCACUGGCUCCGCCCCCUCUGCUGCAGAUGAAGGUGGGCGGGGCCAAGGUGACGGUUCCCGCCAGCAGUGAUGGAGCAGCAGGAGGGGAAGGAGAAGGAAUAGGGAGAGGGGCGAAGAGAGGGGGAGGAGUGGCCUGGAGGCCGAUGCCGAGGCUGGUUCCCCUGGGGCUGAGAGGAAACCCACCCAGCUGACUGAUGAUGUCACAGCGGGCUGCGAAUCAGCUGACGUCACCGAGCACGUGACUCUGAUGACGUCGCAGCUGACCUCAUUGGUCAUCUGCAGGCAGCUCUCUGAUUGGCUGUUUGAGUUCUGCCUCUUUCCUGAGAAGUUUUCCACAUUUGAGUUUGUGUCAAAUCAUUUCCUUCGAAACAGAAACACAUGACACCCGAGGGCCAAUCAGAAGCCCUGCUGUUGCCUUUCCUCCAUGUUUACAGACGAUCAGAGAUUAUGUUCAGAAAAGCCUUUUAUUUAUUUAAAGAAAAUAAAAACACCAGCGAGCUCCAGGAUUGGUUGUUUCUUUCAGACGGCCAACCGACGACGUGAGCUGGACGCUUGUUGUUUUAUUUGUCUAUUUCCUGCUUUUUUACUUAAGUAUUACGACACUAUUCCUGACACAGCACUCCCAGGUUUUAUUUACUUGGUCAUUUCUCUGAACGGAAACUCUUCAGCUCCGUCCUCUCAGCUUUCAGUCGACGCUCCGUCUGAAGGCGGCGGCGUCCAGCCGUUCCCGUAGGAAGAUUGAUUGUCACCAGAAGAAAUUUGAGUCCCGUGUUGUCAGUCAUAAGCUACCUUUUAUUAACAUGCUGUUUUUUAGUGCGUCACAGGCGCCAAUUUCAAGAACAAAGUCUGAAACACUACAAGACCGUAAUCGCACAGUUUUUCAGGCGGUCACAGUAUUUCAAGAGUAAAAUCAGUCCGUAAGCGUCUCAACAAAAUCAUCUUUCUUUUACCCGUAGACUGUCACCGCGUGCAAACCAUAGCUGGAUGUCAAAAAAUUUGUGAAAAAAGUCUUCGCAUUUGACGAAAUCAUGGCUUUUUUUCCCUCAAAAUGUUGUUUUUUUCCUGACAUGUGACCCCGACACUCACAGCUGUGCAUGUGGACGGCCGACAACACGACGCUGCGUUUUUACAUUUGGAGGAUUUGAAAGAUUAAAGUGGUUUGAGUUUCCUGGCAGGACGUCGUCGACACUCGGCUCGUGUUUGGCUUGAUUUUUAAAAUGAAAUAAGGAAUCUUUGGGAGAAUAAACAGAACCUGAAGUUCAGUCGGGGGUAGAAGAGUUCAGUUCUUUUUAUUUAAAACAAUAGAAACACUAAGAAGACGGCAGCUUGUGUCUCACCUGGACUCACCUGUACAUGCUCAGUGUUUUAAAGCAGCAGUUAGAAGUGCUGUUGGACGAAGCUGCUUCUCUCUGUAUCCAGUUGUGUUGAUGUUUGUACAGUGUACAGUCGUUCUGCUGAGUUUGUUUUUCCUAAAUUUGUAUUUUUGUACGUGUUUAAGAACCUCUGAUGUAAAUAAUUGUUGCCCGAAAGGCCUGAAGAUGCCUCGCGAUAUAACACACUAAAUAAAGUUUGAAAAUGGA